AUGUGUUUUCCAUUACCUAAAGCAGUCAUCCACAAGAUUGAGGCUAUAUGUAGAGCGUUUGUGUGGACUGGCAAAGAUAAAGGUCAUAAGAGCCCUGUUGCUUGGCAUCAGGUUUGCAGACCUAUUAAACAAGGAGGCAUGAAUAUCAUCAAUAUGGGCAUUUGGAACCAGGUUGCACUGCUUAAAUGCCUUUGGAACAUUGCCAUGAAGUUAGAUAAUUUGUGGGUUAAGUGGGUACACUUAUACUAUCUGAAGAGAAACAACAUAUGGACUGCUUCUACACCUACCACUUGCACUUGGAUCAUGAGAGCUAUCUUUGAAAGAAGGAGUGAUGCCCAAGAACACCAUCAAAUCUGGCUGCAGAUGCAGAAUAUUGGCAAGUUCUCCAUGAAAAGAAUGUAUGAUUGUAUCAUCCCUACUGUGCCUAAUGUGAGCUGGAGCAGUCUAAUACAACAUAAUCAAGCAAGGCCUAGAUCUGUGGUUUGUCUUUGGCUGGCCUGCCAGGAUCGCUUGGCAACUAAAGUGAGACUUAAAAGACUUGGACUUCUGCAAAGUGAGCAUUGUAGUUUUUGUAAUGAGGCCCCUGAAGAUUUCAACCAUCUUUUAAUUGAGUGCAGAAUCUGCUCUGUUGUGUGGAAGGAGAUCCUUCAGUGGCUGCAAGUGAGGCAUACCCCUCGUAAUUGGCUGGAGGAAAUCAAGUGGUUGACUAGCAGCUCUCGUGGAAAAGGCUUCGUGCAGAGCAUGUUGAAGAUCUCGAUUGCUGAAACUGUUUACGCCCUUUGGAGUUAUAGAAAUACUAACAUCUUUGAUAGGAAUAAUGUUGAUAAUAUCAAUAGUGUUGUUAGGAGAAUUAUAGAUAUGAUUGUACAGAGAGGGUGGAUGAAACCCAAGCAUAGAAGUAAACUUGCAGUGCUCAUGUUAUAG